AUGGCCAGAUACGCUUCCGCCAAGAAACGCGCGGCCGACUCUGAUAGUGAGUCUGAGGUCGCGACUAAGAGAGUCAAAAAUGCGGCGCCCGUCGCAUCCGAUGGUAAAGAUGACGAUGGCAACCCCUUCUGGGAGCUAUCCAACAAGCGUCGUGUUGGAGUGUCAGAAUUCAGUAACAAGACGUUUGUCAACAUCAGAGAGUACUAUGAGAAGGAUGGCAAGGCUUUGCCCGGUAAAAAGGGUAUCUCGCUCAGCAUUGAGCAGUACAACGCUUUUCUAAAGGCCGUGCCACGUAUCAAUGCCGCUUUGCGCGCCAAGGGUCUCGUUGUUGAAGGCGAUGAGGAACUUGACACUGUUAUGGAGGUCGACUCCAAGGUCAAGAGGGAUCAAAAGAAGUCACCAAAGGCCAACAUUGAGACUACCAGUGAGGAGGAGGACUAA